AUUACUGUAAAAAGUAAAAACCUCAAAAACUUAAAACAGUAUUUUUGGUUGGAGAGCUGAGAGAAGUGGGAGUAUUGUACUGAAGAUGACAAUAGCGGCAGGGAUCGGAUACGCCUUGCUUGCGCUAGGCCCGUCUCUUUCCCUCUUCGUCUCUGUAAUCUCCAAAAAGCCCUUCUUGAUCCUCACCGUCCUCUCUAGUACACUGUUAUGGCUUAUAAGUCUGAUCGUGCUGUCGGGACUGUGGAGGGGUUUUCUUCCUCUGAAUUCAACGACAUGGUGGCCUUAUGGUCUGCUUCUAUUCACAUCUAUUGCUUUUCAAGAAGGCCUUCGGCUUCUUUUCUGGAGAGUCUACAGGAGGUUGGAAGAUCUGUUGGAUGCCUUUGCUGACAAAGUCUCAAAACCACGCCUAUUUAUGACAGAUAAGAUGCAAAUUUCUCUUGCUGGUGGUUUGGGUCAUGGGGUGGCCCAUGCUGUGUUUUUCUGUCUCAGCCUCUUAACGCCAGCAUUUGGUCCUGCUACGUUUUUCGUUGACAGGUGCUCUCAGAUACCAUUUUUUCUUGUCUCUGCAAUCAUUGCUCUUGCAUUUGUUACAAUUCACACUUUCUCCAUGGUCAUUGCGUUUAAUGGAUACGCAGAAGGGAACAAAAUGGACCAACUUUUUGUUCCUGUAGUUCAUCUUGCUGCAGGAUUGGUGACACUGGUAAAUUUUGCAUCUGGAGGUUGCAUUGUCAGCAUCCCUCUUCUCUAUUUCAUUGCAAUCUUGACCUUGAUUUAUUGUGGGAAGAUGGUGUGGAGAAGAUUGACAGAGCAUCAAAGCACACAGGGAAACUCAUAGUAGCUAGUAACAAAGUCUCCUUGUUGCUCAAUUCAGUAGUAGAGUUAUGUACUGAUCAAAGUUUCCUCUGUAUAAAAUUGUUAUGACUUUUCCAUAUAUUAGCUCUCCUCCCCUCCCUCUUCCAAAAAAAAGGGGGAAAAAAAGAAGUGCUAACUUAGAAUAUCCAAAACAACAGUUUCUUGAAGAAAUAUUAGUAGUCAUGUCUACUGUGUUUGUGGCAUUCACAGGUAAAUUCUGAAAUUUGAAUCAAAUGCCUAUAUGCAAUUUUUAUUUA